AUGGCCCCCCGUGGCACACUCGUACCGCCAUGGUACACGAACGAGGUUCUAGAGAGCAACAUCUUGCAUGCCUGCAGCAUCAUAUGGGGCUUCAGUCUCUGCAGUGCCAUGUUCUCCGCCACCAAGGCCGCACGCCAGUCCUAUUCGGCCUACAAGAAGGGCAAGCUAUUCACAGCCUAUCCAAUCAUGAUAUGGUCGGAAUGGACUGCCAGUGUGACGAUUUCCAUCAUCAGCUGGCUGUUCCUGAAAGGCAGCAUACCGGCCAGCUUUUGGAUUUACUUUUUCAUCCUGGUAUUCUGGGUGGUUCAGAUGCAAUGCAUCCUUCAAAUUAUCAUCAAUCGAGUAGCCCUGGUCAUGGUCAACAAGUCCCUAGCCAGGCGCCUUAGGCUCAGUGUCUUCUUCAUCGUACUCAUGAUCAACAUCAGUGUCUUUAUUAUAUGGAUGCCAGCUCGACUGCAAAUCAGCGAAACAUAUAUCCACAUCAACGAUAUCUGGGACAGGACCGAAAAAGCUAUAUUCGCCGUCGUUGAUGCUGGCUUGAACGUAUAUUUCCUCCGGACAGUGAUCCUCAUUGGCUCCAUGUCUAUUGGAACUGGUGUCAUUUAUAUCCAAUUCCAUCCUCUGGUAUACCUGCUCAAACUCCACAUCGAGCUCAACAUGGCAGAUCUGAUUGCCAAGGUUGUCCGGGCUUCAAACCCGAUGAACAAUGCCCUGGAUAUUACCGACAACACAAUCUCAUCAGGAGGAUCGGGCGCCAAAAAGAAGGACCCUCCGAUCAGUGCUCCACCGUCGACGUAUACGCAUCGCGAUUCGGGCUUUCAACUCGAGUCGUCUAUUCAUCGCGACUCUGGAUGUGUGUCAACCAUAAUGAGCAAAGAGGCAGACCUCGCCGAACAAGGACGGCGCAUCUCGGGGGCCGAUUACCACAAGGUAUUACGGCCAAACCUGCAACUAACGAGAACGGGCGAAACAAUUCUAGACGAUGUCGACGGCGAGACGUCAUCCGAGAACGAGCCGAGGGAAGGCAAGAAAAGCACGGCGAUACAAGGGCAAGAGAAGAAUUAUGACCACUACUUCCUGCACGUCGAAUGA